CUGCUGGGUGAGCCCUGCUCAUGGGUGUAUUUUCCUUUUCCUGAUAAUUCUGGGCUAAAUCGGGAUGAGUCUUUUCACCUUCUCCCCAGUUCUACUGACGUGUGUCUAUAUAUAGCUGGCAUAACUAAAGAAGAUCCACUCUUCUGCUGGCCUUCUCCCUCGGUCUGGAGACCAAGAAAAUGGCCUGAAGUUGAAAAGAAGAAGUUUGAGGUUGUGUUUCUUACAGCCCAGGCUCUGGCCUCUCUGAUCCAGGGUGGACCUGAAGUCCAGGUCUGAGUCCACUUCCUCCUGCUCAGAUCAGCUCCAAGGAGCCCUCUCAUCUGGGACUCUCUGGCCUGCAAAUGACCCAGUAGAGGGGCUGGUGACGUGGGGGCCAUGGUUCCUCUGUACAAGGACAAUGAGGAGGACAUCUGUCCCAUCUGCCUGGAUCCCGUGAAGGAGGCUGUGAGGCCAGACUGCGGCCACCUCUUCUGCCGAAUGUGCCUGACCCAGUACAUGGAUAAGGCUUCAGUCUCUGGGGUCCUCAGCUGCCCAGUCUGCAGGAAGCCCUACUCUGAGGGGGUCCUCGGGGAUGGUUAUAUCUGCUUCAGCCACCAGAAGAGGGUGUGCAUGUUCUGUGAGGCAAGCAGACAUCUCCUGUGUGUGGAAUGCCUCAAGUCCCCCGAACACCAGUCUCAUGCUGAGCUCUCCAUUGAAAAUGCCAUCAGCCACUACAAGGAAAGACUCACCCGGAGAAGCAGAAAGCUCAGAAAGGACCUGGGGGAACUUCAACGGCUGAAAGCUCAGAAAGGGGAGAUGCUGCAUGCUCCGCAGGUGGAUUGGGGGAGCUACAGGCCAGGAGCUGAGUUGCAGAGCCAAGAUCAAACCACGGAACAGCUGAAGGCCCCACCACAGCAUCGUCUGGACCACCAAGAGGACCAGCCAACGGAGGCGGUCAGGAUCUUUCACUUCUCUGAAGCAGUAACACAGCUCAGCUUCCUGGUUUCUGGACUGGAAAGGAUGGCCAAGGAAUUGGAUGCCAGAACUCUGAAGGAUGCCAGUGACUUACUGGACAGGAGUGCGCCCCAGAAAUUAGAAGGACUCCUCUCUCAUCUUCCUCCAGCUGCUCCAAACCUCAGCUAGUGCUCCUGGCGUGUUCUCUCCUGAUGCCUUAACCUCUGACGCUCGGACACAGUCUCCUUCCUAAGCCAGGCUUGAGCUGUGGCUCCUUGUGGCCAGGCAUUUCAGAUCUCCAUCACGUCCAGGGCCAUUUGAGCAAUCUCCAUGAUACCUGUGAACUGCUGGAGCACCUGCUGUCCUUGGUCUCGUGUGAGCAUCCAAGUGUCCAGACGGCACGGGUCAUCAGAGUGAGGCCCCCUCAGCGUACAGAGGUUGACAGGUUUAUUGGAGUGAUAUUUCUUCUGACUGGAUAGAGUCUCCUGUCUGUACUGUCUGCAUAGUUUGCUCAUUACAACUGCUGCAAACAGUCGCAAGGGUGAUGUCUACAGUCCUCACCCUCAUGGUCCUGUACAUGUGUAACCUUGUCCCGCGUGUGAGUGGAUUCUGUGACUUGCUUCUCAUCAAAGGGAUACAGCAGAGGUGACAAAGGUACUGGAGUGACCAUAUCUCCUUCCCCUGGACUCUUGCCAAUUGAUGCAUUCUAGAGACUUCUUGCUAAAGUUAAUGGCGCUGAGGGGAAAGACAUGUGGGCAGCUCCUAGGUUCCCAGAACAGCCUAAUGGUCCAGCUGACAGGAAUCAGGGGGCCUGGGUCUUACAGUCACAAGAGAAUGAAUUCUGCUAACACUGUAAGCAAAGCUGGAAGUAAAGUCUUCUUGUGGGAACUGGUAGUGCCCCAACUUCUUACCCUGCCAAAGUUUCCAGAAGGCCUGAAAAAUGGUAGAAAAAUUCUUUUUUCCCCCUUAUUUCUGUAUCUGUUUUUAUAAUAAACUUUCCUAU